AUGUGGAAACCGGACUUUAAUCCUUCUACUGCCACUAUUGGCAAAAUUGCUGCUUGGAUACGCUUGCCAGGAUUGGCAAUAGAAUACUACCAUAGAGCAAUUUUAGAAAAGAUUGGUAACAUUAUGGGGAGAACACUGAAGGUUGAUACCAAUACUGUGGAGGUUACCAGAGGAAAGUUUGUUAGGCUCUAUGUGAAAGUGGACCUAACACAGCCACUGGUCUCUCAAUACAUGAUCAAUGGGGUCUGCUACAUAAUUGAAUACGAAGGACUUCAUCAAGUCUGCUUUAAAUGCGGCAGAGUAGGCCAUGAAAAAGGGGUUUGUUCUGAAAAGAAAACACAGGCGUCAGCAACACCAGAAAACAGGGAGGAUGGAAGAAGAGCUCACAUGGAAGGGGCAAAGGCAGAUGAAGGGGGCAAUCCUGGAAAUUUAGCAAAAGGCAAGGACAUAUUGGGAAAGGAUGGAGAUGGUGAUAUGUACGGACCAUGGAUGAUCGUACAAAGACCAUUACGAGGAAGGCGGACUGAAAAAGUGGGGGAAGGUACAGUUAGUGGCACCACGUCAAAAGGGAAAGACAAGGAAAUGACUAAUAUAGGUAAUCAAUCUAGAUUUGCUGUUCUUCAGGAUUUAAAUCCAGAUUCCAUAAGCAUCCAAAACCAUAAUGACAUUGCCAGCAAGGUAAAUGAGAAGAAAGACAAGGAAGUAGAGAAUACACCUGUGCACCAAAAAAGAACCUACCAGGCUACACAAUCCAAACAAAGUAAUAGGCAGACCACCCAGCCCAAUAAUAAUAAACCAACCCAGAACACACAAAAAAACCUUUCAACUAACCCAGUCAACCCACAAAUGGGCCAUACACAAUCUAGAUCAACCAUUCAAAACCAAAAAGCCCACACACUAGCUAACAUUAUGCAAUCUAUACCAGACCCGGCCCAAAGUAGCCAUGUCACCACUGCUCAGAUAACCCAUACCACAAACUAUAGGAACAAUACACCGAAUCACCAGCCCCUGGCCCACCAUCAAGAAAACUGGGCAAAUCCUGAACACAGCCUUUCCCCUACUUCGCAAAAUGACUUGUUCAUGUGUGAAGCAGUAGAAAACACCUUACCCCUUCUUGAGCCAGACCCCCCAUAA